ACCUCCCUCGCGUGAGCAGCCCUCCCCUGCGAUAGAUCUCGAGGAUGCAGAGGCAGGGGAGCGUUAUAGGAAGCGACAGGCUGCUGUGCCCGCCGCAGGGCAUGCCCCGGCCCCGAUCGGAGCCCAACCUCCAAGCCGCUGCCGCUGCAGCUGACGAGAUUGACUACUACCUGGUGCGGUGGGCGGGGCGGCGUGUGGUCGGGUAGAUGCGAUGCCGGUCCUGGCGAUGGAUCUGUGUGUAUGGCUGUGUGUGGCUCUGUCUGUCUGUCUGUCUGUCUGUGUGUGUGCAGGCUGAUCUGUUCAGCGAGGCGGGGGACUCGGACUGGCUUGACGAUGACAGGUCGGUGGGCAGAGAGAGACGAGCACACGUGGUUGCUUCACUGCGGCUGAGUGCAUUCGUGUGUGUGGGGUUUCCGUGUCUGUCUGCCUGUCUGCCUGUCUGCCUGUCUGUCUGUCUGUGUGUUGGCAGGGAGACCAGGAGCGAGCCUGACAAUGAGGCGCCGUCGGUAACAGACAGCUCAGACAGCUCGAUAUAUAGCGACAUGCACUCUGUUGUGUGUGUCAUUCCUUCCUUAAGGGUUCCACCCAAGACAGCCGUGUGUACAUGUUUGGUCUGUACUGCGUGACGGCGGCCAAGGCGGGAGUGAAGCUCGCCGACUACGUGUCGGGCACCGCACACGGCGUCGCAGUGGACCUCAACGAGGGCACCAAGUCCGUCCUCAACUCAGGUGGGUGCGGUGGUCUCUGUUGUCCUCACAGCCACGCUCUCUGUGUGUGUUGCCUGCCUGGGCGUGGCGUGCAGGUGUGCAGACACUGGAAGACGCCGUGCACGCCGUGGGGGCGAACGUGAGCAUUCGCGCUUUGUGUAUGUAAAGACGAGUGAGGGUCUCUCUCUCUCUGUGUCAGUUCCGCCAUUGGGACCCCGAGACGUGGGCCGCGGCCCGUGACAGCGUGAAAAGCUCCUCUCAGUGCGUGCAGAAGUAAGUCGCUACUAUCCAUCGGCCGCAGCCCACACAGAACAGACACGCAGAAGCCAUGGAUGUGCGUGUGCGUGUGCGUGUGUGCGUGUGUGUGUGUGUGUGUGUGUGCUGUGUGCAGUGUGGUGUCGUCGAUCGGCCGAGGCAUCAACCAGCUGAUCCACAUGUCGCGACGCACCACCAAGGAGAUCAACCGAGCCGCGCAAAACAGUACGGCCGUGUCACCCAUGUCACGCGCUGUAUCCAGUUGUGGAAGCAAACACAUUUGUGUGUGUGUGUGUGUGCAGGUUUGGACAUGUUGGACACGGGCAUCGCUGGCGCCCUGCGGGAGGCCGGAUACAACGUAACACUCACACACACACACACACACACACGUGGUCGCUUCAGACGUGCUGCACACGUGUGUGUGUGUGUGUGGCGAGCAGAUAACGAGGAUGCGCAAGGGCGGUCUCUUCGACGUGGCCCACUACGUCCUAGAUCUAGCCAUGCCCUUCUCUGGUCUGCAAUUGCGGAGAGAGUGCCUAUCGGAGUGCAACCUCUGUGUGUGUGUGUGUGUGUUCGGCAGAAGUGAGCCCAUUGGAGCUGGGCCGCGCCCUGGUGGCCUUCGGUGAGUUCGGCAGUGAUUGAGCCACCAUCCCUGGGGGAUGGGGAGACUCAUGCCCAUGUGAUGCUGGGGUGUGGUGUGUGUCGACUCGACAGGUACGCUGCAGGAGUUGGCGCAGGCGCCGUACCCCAGGACGGGCGGCACCUUCAUCGACUGCGACCUGCCCGAGAACACCCAAGACAUCAACAGGCAGGCACAGGCACACACAGACGGGCACACACGCAGACACGAGACGAGGCGAGACGAGACGAGACGUGUGUGUCCAUGGCAUGCAAUGGCGUGAAGGUUGGAUCGGUCCAUCCGCAUGUGCAUGGCGGCCUACCCUCCGCCAGCAAUGCAGAUCUGCGGCCUGCCCAUUCAAGUCAGCCACCCACACCCACACAGACACACGUGUCUUCAUCUCUCCCUUCUCUGUCUUUGUCCACCACCCCAGGCAUUUUCUCAGUUGGAGUUUUUCGAGAAGCUGACGGGUCUGUCGCGCGACGCCAUCCUCACCGACCUGCCGGAGCGCACCAUCGAGUUCCUCGAGGACACCCACGCCGCCAGCGACGCUGCCGAGGUCAAACAGGCCAGUGAGGGGGGCGAAACCUUCCACCACUCCAGCAGCGCCCCGUCGGUCAUGAAGCAGUACCAAAAGUGAGAACUCCCUCCCUCCCUCCCUCCCUCACAAACUAACUAUAACAGUGCAAUCAGUGGGUGCGUGUGCCCAUUCUCGCCCGGUGUGUGUGUGUGUGUGGGUGUGCAGGGAUGGUGAGGGUGAUGUGCCGCUGACGGCGUGGGUGACGAGCACCUUCCGCCCCAUCUACUACACCACACUCGACCAUGACAGACAGGAAAUCGGGGUGAGCGGAGCGGUCAGAGGGAGGGAGGGAGGGAGGGACUGUGAGGCUGCUUGCCACCUGCACAUAGAAACGUAAGUAGCCACACAUGACAUGGGGGCUGGCUGAUCAGUUGACCUUUCGGGGCACCUUGAGUGUGGCCGACUGCCUGACGGACCUCUGCUGCCAAAUCGAGGAGGGCGCACACAGCGGAAUGGUACGCACACACACACACACACACACAGAGAGAGAGAGAGAGGUGAACACACACAAUCGCGGCCGCCUGCAUGGCUGUGUGCGAUGUGAUGUGUAGGUGACGAGUGCCCAGUGGUUCGAUGAGCAUCUGCGCGACAAGUACAGGCGGCUCGCAGACAUGUACCCCACUUACAACAUGGUCCUGCAGGUAAGCUAUCUCACACACACAGAGAGAGAGAUAUAUAUACAUGUGUCUCGACAUGUCUGUCGGUUGGGCUGUGGACGAAUACACCACACCACACCACCCAGGGUCACUCGUUGGGCGGUGGUGUGGCGUCUCUGCUGGCCCUCAAGUGGAUCAGCGACCCCCUGCUGGGCCCCAAGAUACACUGCGUCGCCUUCAACCCCCCCUGUCCGUCCACACACACCCCCACACACACACCUGCACUGCACUGCACCGAUGGACUCGCGCGCCCCGCCUCGCCCACAUGGUUCGUGUGUAUCGUUUUGCGUUGCGUAGGCAUCGUCACACUGGAGCUGGCUGCCGCUUCCAAAGGUCCGGACACACACCACACCGCACCGAGAUGACACUCACACACACAGAUACCGACUUGGACACGCACGUGUGUGUCCUGUGGCAGAUUACAUCACGUCGAUAGUGCAUGCCCGCGAUAUGGUGAGCCGGGCCAGCAUCGGCAGCAUCAGCAACAUGCAGAGGGUCCUCCUCCACCUAGCGGGCCGCAGACACACCAACACCUCUACUGACAACGACAACGGCACACAGCAGCAGCAGCAGCAGACCACCAUUAUAAGUCAGCUGAGCGGCCACGCACACACACCACACCCUCGGGACAGAUGAGGCAGAUUGUGUCUAUUGAGCGGGUGUGUAGACGGUGCACCUCCACACGUCGGCGAUUCGCGGACGGAGCAAGCCUCAAGUGGUGCCAAGACGACAGGUGCAGGCCAGCAUCAGGAGCCAGAGCCGUCUGCGAGUGCUUCUGCCCCUCCGCCCAAGCUGGCUGACGAGCCCAUCAUGAACCCCGACAAGCAGAAAGACGCCUUCGCCUCAUCGGCAGCUGCGUACUCAGAGGCACACACACACACACACGCAUCGCGCAGAGGCAUUUGGUGGUUGUUUGUCCGUUCCCCCCGUGUGCGGCGCGGUGCGCAUCCAUCAGUGUGUGUGAGAGCGACCCGAUGUCAGAGUGGACGACCGACAAGGUGCUGAAGCUGGUCUCCCAGGCCAAGAAACACCUGUCGCCCGCCACACACCCCCACACACGCCAGUUCUGGGAAACGCAACUCCGGUAGGGUAGGCACCCCCACACACACAGGGAGGCAGAGAGAGCCACACACACAAAGAGAGGAGAGAGAGAGAGGUACAUCAGACGGAUUUGUUCGCUCAGCAUGGCCUUGACUGCUCUGAGGACUCUCUACGACGACCGGAGCAGCGUGCUGUGUCCUGCAGGUCAGUGGCACAUCAAUCACACAAGGGGGGAUGGCUCGGUGGGCCGAUGGGGGGAUGGGUGGACCUGAGCGUGUCUGUCGUGUCGUCAGGUCGGACGAUCCUAAUGCUGCCUUCGCAGCAUCUGGCCCGCGCUGGCCUGCCCACGCCAGAAUCAGGACUCACAAAAGGUCGGUCGGCACGUCGGCACCUCUCUCUCCUUGUGUGGAUGAUGAUGGCCUGCAUCUCUCUCUCUCUCUCUGUCUGGCUGCGUGUGUUGUGUGUGCAGGUGGUUAUUGUGCGAUGGAGAUGGGCCCCGAGGUGCUCGACCUGGCUUCGGAAAUCAUAUUCCACAGAGUACACACACACACACACGCGUAAACAGGUGCAUCCCUGCCACCACCCUCCCUCGUGUGUGUGUGCGUGAUACCUCUCCAUCCACAAAUCCAAUCAGGGUGCGUUCCCCGACCACAACCUCGUGGCCGUCGCCAAGGCGUUCGCCUUUUUCUAGUCUGUCGGCCGGGAGGGGCGGGGGCGAGGCGGGCACAUGACAUAUGGAGGGAAUGAGGGUUGUCGCGUCAAGGCAUACAGACAGACACAGACAGACAGAGCACCCAUCCGGUCUAUCUAAGUGAGUUGCUUCUCGACAGCUGACUGUUGGGUUGCCGUCUUGGUAUCUUGGUAUGUUUUCUCAGUCCGCCCGGCCCUGUGGGUGGUGUGUGGGCUGGGGCAAGGCGUGGAGCUGUCCAGACCAUGACAGCUGUGGGUGCGGGAGAGUGUGUGUGUGUGUGUGUGUCAGCCACCUCUCAACGGCGCGACUGCCGUGUGCCUGUGCCUGCCUACGGUAGUAUUUUUCCCCUUUUUGUAAAUGCCUGUGCCAGAGAGGGGGUCGUUGUCUCCAAGAACGAAUGAGUGAAUGGAAUGGAAUGAUGACUCUCGCUCGGUGUUGGUCAAAACAUCUGUCUGUGUC